AAUGCCCAAACAUCAACCCCACAGCUAGCUGUUUUGAUUGUAAAUUCGCUCAUAUUAUACCACGAUGCGUCAGUAGCAACCUCGAGCGUUGACAAUGUUGGGAAUUUUGCUUUCAAUUUUCCUAAGCCUCAUCCUCUCGAGCGUGCUUGUCGCCCCGUGGGCAGCGCGUUUGGCCGGCCGCUUUGCAGGCUUGUACUUGAGACGGCGAAGCUCUGAUAGACGAACAGCUCUUGUGGCACAGGUCAGAUUGGAAGACCAACAGCACACGAGAACAUCCAAAGUGUUGCAGAGGAUCGAGGAUGAAGACUGGGAAAGAGUUGAAUCUUCGCGCCCUGCCGCGUCCUCAGAGAGCAGGGAGACCGGCGAUUCGUGGGAAGGAAUAGUGGGGUUCUUCCAUCCCUUCUGCAAUGCUGGAGGAGGAGGGGAGAGAGUCCUUUGGGCUGCUAUCAGAGCAACUCAGAAAAGAUGGCCGAAAGCUAUUUGUGUAGUUUAUACAGGUGACCAUGAUGUUCAGAAAGCGACGAUACUGUCAAGGGUAGAGGAACGAUUUGGUAUACAUAUUCACGCGCCUACCGUUGUUUUCAUCUAUCUCUCAACUCGCCACUACGUUUUGAGCAGCACGUACCCUCAUUUCACACUGCUUGGCCAAUCCCUGGGAUCCUUGGUUCUCGCCUACGAUGCCUUUUCACUCCUUGUGCCUGAUAUAUUCAUUGACACUAUGGGCUAUGCUUUUACGCUGGCACUUUCCAAAUAUUUCUUCCCAGACGUGCCUGCUGGAGCCUAUGUGCAUUACCCGACCAUUUCCACGGACAUGUUGGGCUCGCUCGACGAAGGUGGACAGGGAGUCAAUGCCGGGACGGGGACAGGCUUGAAGGGCUAUCUGAAGAGAAAAUACUGGCAUCUGUUUGCGAACAUGUACAGCUGGGUCGGAGGAAACGUUGACGUCGUGAUGACCAACUCAUCCUGGACGCAAGCACAUAUCCGUGCUUUGUGGGACGGCAGUCGGAAGAAGCGGGGCAAAACAUCAGAAGUCGGAGUAGUGUUCCCACCAGUAGCGGUUGAAGAGAUGGAGCGAGAAAUCGAGGUGACACCGGCAACAGAAGAUGUGCGCGAGAAGGUUUUAUUAUACAUUGCUCAAUUCCGACCAGAGAAGAAUCAUACUCUGAUCUUGCGGGCAUUUUCCGAAUUCCUGCGUUCUGAAAAGACAAAGAAGAAUGCCGAACUCAGCAAAACGAAGCUUGUGCUCAUUGGUUCGGUACGACACAGCGACGACGCUACUCGAGUUUAUGAACUACGACUGCUGGCACGAGAGCUUGACAUCAAGGACCAUGUCGAGUUUAUCUGCGAUGCGUCAUGGCCAGAAGUCAUUGACUGGCUGCGCCGCAGCUCAGUCGGUGUCAAUGGCAUGUGGAACGAGCAUUUUGGCAUCGGUGUCGUCGAAUACCAAGCCGCAGGACUCAUCAGCGUGGUGAAUAACAGCGGAGGACCAAAGCAUGAUAUUGUAGUGCCGUAUGAAGGCAAGCCAACCGGCUUCCACGCAACAACCCCCUCGGAAUUCGCAUCUGGCUUCCACGAAGCCCUGUCGCUCUCCCGGGACGACACCAUUGCGAUGCGCCUCCGCGCACGAGCUUCCGCCAAACGAUUCUCCGAAGACGAAUUCGCCUCCCGCUGGCUCUACCAUGUCGAGCAAUUAGUCGCGUUGCAAACAAAGCUGAAGUCGUAAUCGUCGUGCCGUGUAGACAUCUUGCUCUUUUUUUUCCCCCUCAUUUUUGUCCCCAAGUACUAGAACUUGCUUUGCUUUGCAUUGCAUUCUUCCUUUUCUUUUCUUUUCUUUUUUCUUUUACUGUCGUGCUCUGUUUCCCUCAUGCUAGGCUCGUCAUCCCCCACCUGUAUUGAGGACUUGUACACACUUGCUUGCCCGCUUGCUUUGCUUGCUUACUACCGUCCCUUUCGGUAGCCAAAGCCAUCCCCUCUGACAAACAUACCUAGCUUAAUUACUCUUGACGCACCUUAAUUACCUAGGUAGUUACCACUUGUUUUAAGAUAAAGUAAUAUGCACUAUAGAGCUCCGAUAGUCUUUCUCGACAUAUCACAGGGAUCAGAAGUUCUCCGUACCCAAUACUCAAUAGAUUCAUAGACUG